UACAAUUAUUUAUUUAAAUAAAUACUUUUUGUUUGCGUUUAGACUUUGAAUUGAAUGACUAUUUUUCACACCAUUUAUUGAUUUAGUUGUCGAUCGAGUGAUUAAAUAGUGACUAGAGAUGAGUGGAUCAGAUGUGAAGCCAAAUCAUACCAUUUAUAUCAAUAACUUAAAUGAAAAGAUUAAAAAGGAUGAGCUGAAGAAGUCAUUACACGCUAUAUUCUCACAGUUUGGACACAUCCUCGACAUCGUAGCGUUGAAGACACUGAGGAUGAGGGGACAGGCGUUUGUCGUAUUCAAAGACAUGUCCAGCGCUACGAGUGCUUUGAGAUCAAUGCAAAACUUCCCCUUUUAUGACAAACCGAUGAACGGAGGGCAGAGUUUGGGUAUUCCUCACUCGGCUUUGACAGAACAGCCGCCGAAUAACAUCCUAUUCCUAACCAAUUUGCCCGAAGAGACGAAUGAAGUGAUGCUUCAAAUGCUGUUCAAUCAGUUCCCGGGCUUUAAAGAGGUGCGACUCGUGCCCGGAAGACACGACAUCUCAUUCGUCGAGUUUGACAAUGAGUUCCAAUCGGGAGCCGCGAAGGACGCGCUGCAGGGCUUUAAAGUGACGCCAACUCAUGCCAUCAAAAUCACGUUCGCCAAGAAGUAG